UUUAAAGGUGCUCGCUAACAGCACUUUCCCCUGCAGUCGGUUACGGCUAUAAGGGUGGGAUCUUUGUCUUUGUUGUUAAAUACAAGUGGAAGGGAAUCGACUAAAGUAAAAGAUGAUGCCUAACGAACGAUGAUCGAUAGGUGACGGUCGAUGGCGAUAGUGGUGGCUGGUUGCGAUUACGUGGGUCACGUGUCACUCGCUCCCACCCGCCUCGAUUUCUCGCGGUGUCCCCCGGUCACCCAGGACCCACCCCCACCACAUGAGCAGGGCCACCCUCCCCAGCGGCUGCCAUCCAUCCCGCGCGUACACUCUCGAACAUCCCCCCCCCCAGCCCCAAUAAUCCCACAGCCACCCCAGAGCCCAGUCGCGUUAACGGCACACGCUCCUCGCCUUGUGCCGUUAUAAACGCGGCGGCGGCACAGACUUACACAGGCACCUCAUUAUGAUUGCGCUCAUUAAAGCCAAUGAGUUGAAUUCCACCACGAAAAUCUCGUUCGGCGGCCAGAUUUGUCGUAUCCGUCCAAAUUUCGCCCGCCCGAUAAGCUCCAGAGUGGGGAGAAAGACACGGGUCAUGGUGUAAAGGUAACUCCGCACAUUUGUUUGCGCAAGUCGACAAAGUCUCUUCCGCUUUACUCCACCUGGGUGCGGUGGGGAGACAACACUAAUCGAACUCGAACCGAACCGGCGGACUCAUCGUAUCCAGGAGGGCGCACGCCAGCCGUGAUAUGAUCGCGGGCGUGCACUCCUCCAUGGGCGCCUCGCCCGCGUUGUCAGCAGCGGCAGCUGGGGUGAUCCGCAAGAAAGAACGAGGAGGGGAUCCUCCUGCCGUGCACUGCGCGCUGCGCGGGGCCCUGCACGUGAAACGUCUCGACGGGGACACGUGGCCCAGGUCCUCCUCCUUAACCACCUCGGCGGCCUCCACCACCACCGCCACCACCACCUCCUCGUUCACGGUAGGGGCCGGGACCCGUUCGAACCGCCCCAGAGCCGAGCCGGCCUCCUCCUACAAUCGCGGCGACCUGCUGGAGGUACCCCGCACCCUCUUCACGCACUUCGGCAUCUACCUGGGGGAUGACCGAGUUGCGCACUUCUUGCCCGACAUCCUGCCCCUGCUCACCAGCGACCAGCAGCUCCUGUGCAAGGUGGUGACCAACACUCGGCUCAUCCUGGGCUCCGUGGCUCGCCGCGGCACCGUCAGGGUCGACUCAGUGGCCGACUUCGUGUACGGGGCGCCCCAGGUGCUCGUGAACGCGGCCGACCGGCUCGCCCACGAGCCCGCGGGGGCGCGCCGACGCGCCUCCCUGCCCGGGGAGGUGGCGGCCAGGAGGGCCGAGAGCUACUCGGGGGACACCGUCUACUCGCUGCUGUGGAACAACUGCGAGCACUUCGCCACGCACUGCCGCUACGGCGACGCGUGGAGCGAGCAGACCGAGGAGUUCUGCUCGUUCCUCAAGAGGUGCGUGAGGGACAAGCGCAGCGUCUUUGUGGGGGCCACCCUGGGCCUCUCCCUGACCUUCUACUGCGGAGCGUCCCUUCUCUUCGCUAUCAUCACCUUCGUCAUCUCGCUGCUCAUCUGGAUGGCCGGAUGACCGACACGCAAACGCCAAGCCACGAGCAGAGUUGACCUUUCCUCUGCAACACUCGCCACGUUUAGCAGAGAAUAUGCACCCAACCGCAGGGAAACAGUUUUAUUACAGAACAAAAAACACCCAAAGUUUAAUUUCUUCCAGUGCCUUGAAUGUGCCUUUAUUUGACCCGGCCAUUAAUAAUCCGGAAUCUCAUAUGUUAUAUUCCACAACUGCGCUCACAUGUGCGUGUAUAGCCUGUGUGUGGUGUCACUGCUGUGUAAGGCCCUUCCUGGUGCCGUGGGAGUCGUGGAGGAUUAUAUGACCAUACUUCACGCAAGUUAAGGGGGGGGGGGGG